AUGUUUCUGAUGAAAAUCCCAUUGUAUUUUAUACUUAUACUUGUCUAUUUAUCAUUAAUUAAUACUCAUCUAUUACAAAAACUGCAAGAUAAAUUGAAAAACGUAGCCAACAAGAAAUUUGGUUUUGGUAAAUCAUCAUAUGAUUAUGAAGAAACGAUGUUGUUUCCAGAUGUCGGUUUUGAAAAAAAAGAUGGUGACUGGCGUUUAAAUUUACACGGUUGGAGGUUUAAGAUUUCAAAACGAAAUAAAUUUCUUGGUGAAUCGUCAUCAUCGAUUGCUCAGCGUUUAGCUCGUCUAGUAGCUAGUAGCGAACAAAUUGUCUAUUUUAAUGACUCAUUUCGACGUGAUCGUUUGAAACCAUUCAUGGUUCAAGAUAAACCAUAUGAAAAAAUUCAAAUAGAAAUUGGUAAUCAAACAUUUUCAACAAAAACAGAUAGUGAAGGACAAUUUCGGACUUCAUUUUUGUUGAAAAAUGCUGAUAUUCAAAUGUUAAAGAAUAAUGGACAAAUAGCCUAUCGUGCUAUUGGAGACAAUAAUGAUACAUCGAGAGGAAUAGUUUAUCUAUUGGAACGGAAGGGACUGUCCGUUAUUUCGGAUAUUGAUGAUACAAUUAAAAUAUCAGAAGUAGUGGAUAAAAUUCGACUAAUGGCAAAUACAUUUAUACACAAAUUCAGAGUUGUCACUGGAAUGCCCGAGAUUUAUCGUACAUGGCAAGAAAAACAUAAUUGUACAUUUCAUUAUCUGAGUGCUAUGCCCGAUCAAUUGUAUGCAGUAACCAAAGACUUUAUAGAUGAUCAGGAAUUUCCUGAAGGUUCGUUUCAUAUGAGACAUUUUCGUUGGGCGUCAGCGUCGAUCUUCAAUUUUGUUCACUCUCACGAUACAAAAAUGCAUAAGAUUAAUCAUUUACGGUAUUUUAUUUACAACAGUGUUCGACAAUUGAUACUUGUUGGUGAUAGUGGUGAACUUGAUCCAGAAAUCUAUGGUUUAAUAGCACAGAAAUAUCCAAGACGAGUUCAUUCUAUAUUUAUUCGUGCCGUCAAAGGUGAAAAGGGUAACGAAGAACGAUUCUUGAAAGCAUUCAAAGACAUACCAACUGAAAAAUGGAUGAUCUUCACUAAUCCAGAACAAUUACCAAAAGAUUUAAGUCCAAGAAAGAUAACAACGUAA